CUUUCUCACACACUAAAAACGAAAACCCGGGAAUUCACUCACUCUCUCUCUCUCUCUCUCAGAUCAACGACAUUUCUCAAUGACGCAACAACAAAGCAUGUACAGUUGAUCCCUAUUUCUAACCCUAAUUUCUCUAUGCCCUCAAAUCACCCUCUUGUUAAACCUCUCCAAUAUCAACAAAAUGGGUUCACAUCUACAAUCCCUGUGCCCUACUCUUUCUCCCUAAACUUCAAAUCACACCUCAAUUUCUCUCGGAUCGAAAUUGUAAUAAGGCUAGGGUUUUGGGUUUUUGACCAAAAUGACCUCUGAAAAUAUCGGUUUAGUACCAACACAGAGACUCGAUAAUGGAUUGAACUCACAGUUGGGGUUCCAGGACGAGAACCUCCGGUUCAACUGCGGUGCACCGCAACGCCGCGUCGGCGAUGUCGGUCCGAAGACCCGUGAGCUCAGCGGCUUCAUCGACGAGAGGUUUUUUCAACCUCAAGCAGCGGAAUUCCGCCGAAAUAUGUUUGCAGACCUCCCGCAGAAUCGGCAGGAGCAUCAAGAGAAUCGGAAUUGGGACGGAAAUGGAAGGGCGUCGACGACACCAAGCGGAGAUGGUUCGGACGAGGACGAGGAUGAUGAUGAUGAUGAAGACGACGAGGAGGAGGAGGCAGAUGAAGGCGAUGAUGGUGAGAUUGAGGGAAUUGUUGUUGUGGGUGGUGGUAAUAAUAGUAAGAACAACAACACUAGUGGACAUAGCAGUGUUGGUAAAAUUGUCGCCUCAAGUAGGGAAGUCAUGAUGAAGGAUGAUCACAUUGUCCAAUGUGAAAAUAAUACUAACAAUAAUACAAGAGCUAGUCCUAGUGUGAAUGAUCAACAAGGAAGAGUCAGCCAGUACCAGAAUGCUGUUAAAAUUGCGGACCCUGAUGGCAAUUUGUUCUAUUCACAGUACCUGCAGGGCCCAGAGGGGUCAGCCAGUGGGCAGAAGGGUACAAUGGUUGAAAAUGGUUGUGGGUUUAGUGGAAGAAAGGACGGUUCUUACUCAUGUGAGUCUGGAGAAUCUUUGAGGGUCAUUCUCUCUGAUCCUCUGACAGGAGAGCUUAUGGAUGAUGCAGUGAUAUUGCCUUGUGGGCAUUCCUUUGGAGGUGGUGGAAUACCACAUGUUAUUAGAAUGAAAGCUUGCUACACUUGUUCUCAAGCAGUAUCAGAAGACUUGGUGGCUCCAAAUCUUUCUCUCCAAGCUGCUGUGCAGGCAUUCCUACGGGAAGAAGAGUUACAUGUGCGUCCAUCCAAAAGAAGGAGAGAGAGAUUUGAUCCGGAGAAGGGAAAUUAUAGCAUUCCAAUGUUCCUGGAUCAUCCUCGCGGUAAAGGUGUUCAGUUUCCAUUCAAUGUGGCUGAUCGGGUUAUUAUAAAGGGCAACAAGAGGACACCACAGCGUUUUGUUGGACGGGAAGCUGUUGUAACUACUCAAUGCUUGAAUGGAUGGUAUGUUGUGAAGACAUUGGACAAUGCAGAGAGUGUGAAGUUGCAGUAUCGCUCACUUGCGAAGGUUUCUGAUGAUCCAUCUCCAAAACCAAUGUCAAGCAAGAUGACACCAAACUGGCUCUAGAGUUGCAGUGAAUAAUCUCCCAAAUUAGCAGUUACAAUUUGAGGCCAAUAUGCCACGUCACCACUAUCUUAAUCUUGUUACAUUGAUCCGGAUGUUUUCUUCUUGUAAAUAUUACUGUUGUAAUUUUCACACGCCCGUCAUGUUUGACCCUGUAAAUUGUAGAAGCUUGUCACGUGAUUUGAGAAACCAUAGAAUGAGGUUUUAGAUAAGAACAAAUAUGUGAUCAAUUUUGCUUUUAUCAUCUGAGCUACAGCAUUUGUAUUUUAACUGAUGCGUGUACACAAGAUACUUUGAGUUCAAUUUUCAAACAUUUUUAGUUUCUGCAUUUUC